CUUUAAAUAAUUUCCUUCCUAACUACGACUGCCGCACCUUCAAUGCUGCGUACCCCAACUAGCUAGGUCGUCGCCUGAAAAACUGGGGGUCUGGGGCGAAGAGCUCUAGAAACGUUCCUGCGCUAUGUCUUACUCUACUGUUGCAAUUGCGGUUGUUUCCGCAGCUGCGGCGGGGAUUGGCGUUCUCUUCGGUGUAGCUCGCAAGCGGUUACGGGGCGUGAACGGAGCGCUUGUUCUGAGCCAGUUUAAUAUGCCUCAGAAUACACAAGUAACUGGUCUAUUGAUUCUUCAAAAGCUGCUGCCAAUCGUUGGUUCUCCUGACGUCGUGUCAUUGGCGGGGGACCGACUGCUGGACCGGCCUUCACAGCUUGUUGGCGCUACCUUGUCUCUACCAAGUACAUGUGGAAGUUCGUCUUGCAGAGAGUGCAUUAGUUUGUCGAAGGGUACAAUUGCCGAAGCCGAAGGCGACGAGGGCCUCUCACUGCCUACGGAAAAGGCCGGCUGUCUCUCCAACAAUGAAUCCUGCAUUUUGUCUGCUGCCGUCACCUCGCCAGCCGCUUCACCAGAUUCAGCUGCUGCAGCUGCUACCAGCACCCACCCAACCGGAGCUCCUCUCUCGGCGCCGGCCACGCCGAGCAUCAUGCCAGCCGCUUCCUCGCUUGCGCGGCGUGGCAGCUGGACCUCGGACGGUGUCUUGGGUGACGCCCUGCAGAGCAUUGGCGGCCUAGAAACCGACGUGCCCGGGACACCCAACGGGCACCUCAGCGGAGGUUGCAGCGGGGGGAACUGCAGUGCUGCUGUGGAGGAGCAGCCGGCUGCGAUUGGCUUGGUAAGGCAGGAGCAGGAGGAGGAGGGAAGCAAGGAGGCUGGCGGCAGCGGGUUAUUAGGUGAAGAACGGCCAGUGGAUACCGCUACUGGAAAGGCAACCAUCACCAUUACGGUCAGCAAUCCGCUUUACAUCAGGGAGCAGGAUGCCGGGGCGCUGUCGGCCGCUGAAGGAGGGACACCUGCACUACUGCGGCGGCGUCUGUCCUCCAGCACCGCCAUUGACAACCCCUGCUACGCAUCCGACAAUGAUGCCAGUUCCCGGGUCCUCAACCGGAGCCGCGGCUGCAGCAGCAACCCCAACACCCUCCACCGGGGCGCCGGUGGCUGCAGCGGCAGCGGCAGCGGCUGCAGCAACAUAAGUCGAGGCGCCACGCGGGCCCCCCAGCAGCAGCAGCAGCAGCAGCGGCAUCAGGGACCGGCAGCAGCGGCCCUUCAGAGCGGCGGCAGUGGCGGCAGCUCGUCUGCUUGCACGUCCGCUGCCGCUCGCCCCUCCUGGCGCCUCGCCUCCGGUCGCGCCUGCAGCACCAGCAGCUGCUGCUCCUCCGCUGCUGCUGGCAGCACCGUUAGCGGCUCACCAGCCGCCACCACCUCCAGCAGCAGCACCAGCAGCAGAGCUGCCGUCUCAUCAGCCCCAACCCCGCGGCCAAGUGUUCUUGCCCACUCGUCCCGAGGCCCGCGCCUCAGCACUCCUCGUCAACACGCGGCUCCUGCUGCAACCAGCCUCCGCAGUAGUGGGCGGUCAGCGCAGCCACCCGUAGCCGCCCGGGCCGACUGGAGGCUCGCCCCCGCCUCCACGGCAGCCGCCGGCCCUCCUGCCAGCCAGCCGCCGUGUAGCGGUGCAUGCAGUGCGAGGGAUGCGCUUCCCUGCUGGCCCCCCACGCUGCCGGGAUCGCAGCCACAGGGGCCCUGCUCCGCCCGGGGGGGCCGCACAUCGCCUGCAGCGGCAGCGGCAGCGGCAGCAGCAGCAGGCAGUGCAGCUGGCACAAGUGGCACCUGCUCGACACCCCGGGCAGCCGCCGUCCGGGUAGGGAGCAGCGGCAGUGGCAGCCGCAGCCACCGUGGCAACUACCGUAGCGGUGCAGUGGAGGCGGGGGAAGGAGCGGCCGCCGACGUGUCAGCGUUGCAGCAGUCGCGGCCGAGGUGGCGUUGAGUGCUGG